UCUCUCACUCUCUGAGUGUGCUGGCACAGUGCAUACAGAUCUCGAACCAGUCGGACCCAUUGACAGAUCCAUCAACGCCAAAGCAGUGGAGAGUGGCAGAGCGCUUAAACAAGAAUUCAACAAUAUCCUUCAAAGGUCAUUCGCCACUACUCCGUCGUUCUACGUUCAUCGUAGUUUUUCAUCCGCCCUGAUUGAAAUUGACCUAGCGAGGAACCGAUACGUAUCUCUGCAUGUAUAUAUACAUUACACACACAUAUCCAUUACUGAUUUCUCUGCAUGUGUGGUUAUAUAUAUCUAUAGGUGAGAGAUGGGAGGGGAAGAGAGGUGGUGUGUGGUGACCGGAGGCAGGGGAUUCGCGGCGAGGCAUCUGGUGGAGAUGCUGAUUCGGUACGACAUGUUUUCGGUUCGUGUUUCCGAUUUGGGCCCCUCCAUCAAACUGGACCCGGCCGAGGAGAGUGGAACCCUAGGUGAAGCUCUCCGGUCGGGCCGCGCUCGAUACGUGUCUGCAGAUCUUUGUGACAAGUCCCAAGUACUCAAAGCUUUCCAAGGAGCUGAGGUUGUUUUCCACAUGGCUGCCCCAGAUUCAUCCAUCAACAACUAUGAGCUCCAUUAUUCAGUUAAUGUCAAAGGAACAAAGAACGUAAUUGAUGCUUGUAUUGAGCUUAAAGUUAAGAGACUUAUAUACACGAGUUCCCCCACUGUGGUCUUCGAUGGAAUUCAUGGAAUUUUUAACGGGGAUGAAUCAUUGCCAUAUCCAACUAAGCACAUUGAUUCAUACUCUGCAACUAAAGCAGAAGGAGAGGCGCUGGUCAUCAAGUCCAAUGGUAUUAAUGGCCUUCUAACUUGUUGCAUCCGCCCUAGCAGCAUUUUUGGUCCUGGUGAUAAAUUGCUCGUUCCAUCAUUGGUGUCUGCUGCAAGGGCUGGUAAAUCAAAGUUUAUUAUUGGUGAUGGCAAUAACAUGUAUGAUUUCACGUAUGUUGAGAAUGUGGCACAUGCCCAUAUAUGUGCUGAACGAGCUCUUGCAUCGGAGGGUACAGUUGCCGAGAAAGCCGCAGGGGAGGCAUAUUUUAUUACUAAUAUGGAGCCAAUCAAGUUUUGGGAGUUUGUCUCACUUGUUCUUGAAGGUCUUGGCUAUGAAAGGCCAAGAAUAAAGAUUCCAGUAUUUGUCGUAAUGCCAAUUGCACGUCUGGUCGAGCGGACGUAUAAGCUGUUAGCUCCAUAUGGUAUGAAAGUUCCCCAGAUCAUACCAUCAAGAAUCAGACUUAUAUCUUGCAGCAGAACAUUUGAUUGUUCAAAAGCAAAUGAUCGACUUGGAUACACACCUAUUGUACCAUUUCAGGAUGGGCUAAGGAGGACAACUGAAUCAUACUCACAUCUGAGAGCUGAAUGUCGACCGAAAAAGGAUGGUCCAUCAAAAUCUUCCAUAUGUCUUGGAAGAGGGUUGGUUGCUGACAUACUUCUCUGGAGGAAUAAAAAGCAGACGCUUACCACAGUAUUUAUUCUUCUUGCCGUUUACUUCAACUUCAUAGCACCUGGAUAUACCAUCAUCACUGCAGUUUCAAAACUUCUAUUGGUGGUAUCUGUAUUUUUGUUCAUCCAUGGUAUUCUUCCAGAGAAAGUGUUGGGAUAUACAAUUGAGAAAGUUCCUGGGUCAAGUUUCCAUUUCUCAGAAGAGAUGUCACGACAAGUCGCUCUCUCUGCAGCCUCUACGUGGAAUUCUGCAGUCAAUAGUUUAAAAUCUCUUUGCAAAGGAAAUGAUUGGACGCUUUUCCUCAAGGUGGUUCUCUCUCUAUUGAUUCUCAGCUUCCUUGGUGCCAUUUCGCUGCAGAAUUUGUUUAUUAUAGGACUUCCCAUUGCCUUUGUUGUUUUCUUCGUGUACGAAAAAAAGGAGGAAGAGAUAGAUCAUCUGGUUUCAAAGUUUCUCUCAUUUGGAUGCAAAUUAAAAUCUAAUGUCACCGGAAAAUGCCUCAAAUCCGAGAAGAUUCAGUAAGUACCUAACAUUUUGUUGCUGUGAACGGACAUCACUCAUUCCAGUUUUUCUUGCUUUGAUUUGCAAACGAGAUGCAGAACUUUGGAAGAGGUAUUUGCUAUCACAUUUCAUGUGAAAGAUGGUCAAAUCUUUGGGGAAGCCAACAAUAGUUUGGUUUGAAUUUUGUUUUUUUGUGUUCCGUUUCCUGGUAUUUUCUCUCAGUAUUAUGUUGUUGUGUCAGAUGUACUUGACUCAAUUGGUUGGAUUUGUUCUUGUUUGGAGCUCUUUUCGUUCAUUUGUAAUUGUAUUAUCUGCUUGGACCUAGAGCUUUAUUUCUUUGAACUGGGAUUAGUCUUUGUUUUCCAGACAGAAGGGAACUUUCCGAAGAGUUAUUAAUUGAUGGGGUUCUCUCUC